AGAUGAUCCUCCGCUCCGGCCGCGCCUCGGUGGAAGGGCUCCGCCAGCACUCCUGUUUUAAAUCCUGACCUCGUCGGUUCCCCCUCUGAUUUUGGGAAAACCUGGAGCGGGUUUGGGAAGCACCAUGGUUUGGUGCCUGUGCUUAAUGUCCGAGGACGAGAAAAAUGCCAUGGUGAUCGAUAAAGAAAUCAGCCGGCUGCUCCAAGAACAGAAGAAACGAGACCGGCAGGAGUUAAAGUUACUACUGUUGGGCACCGGGGAAGGUGGAAAAAGUACCUUCAUCAAACAGAUGAGGAUUAUCCAUGGAGUGGGAUUCACGGAAGACGAACGGAAGGAAUUUGCCAAAGUGGUCUAUCAAAACAUCUUCACCUCUGUCCAGGCCAUCAUCAAAGCUAUGGAGAGCCUGCAGAUUCCUUACGGCCAGGAGGAGAACGCACAUAUUCUGGCACUGGUAUUUGCUGUAAAAGAAAUCAAUGAAAAUCCACAUAUUUUGUCAAACAUCACUCUGAGCUUCCAGAUCUAUAACAGCCAUUUUAGUGCAAGCUGGACUUACCUUGCCUCAAUGGAGCUUCUCUCCACCCAGAAGAGGUUCAUUCCAAACUACAAGUGUGAUACUAGAAGCAAUGCAGUUGCAGUCAUUGGGGGACCUAAUUCAAAUGUCUGCCUCCAUAUGGCCACCAUCCUUGGUCUCUACAAGAUCCCGCAGGUAAGGAACCUCUAUACCUCCGAUGUUUCCCUUAUUGUCAUGAUUAAAAUAAGAGGAAAACUCUGUGACUUUUUUUUUUUCCUUUCGAAUCUGGAUCGCAUUGCUUCUGAGGGGUAUAUGCCAAACGCCCAGGAUAUUCUGAGAACUCGCGUGCCCACGACGGGCAUUAACGAGUACUGCUUCUCGAUGCAAAAGAACCGAAUGAGGGAGAGUUUAGAUCUCUUCAGGACCAUUCUGGAACUGCCCUGGUUCUGGAACACCUCGAUUAUCCUCUUCCUGAACAAAAUGGACAUCCUGGAGGAGAAAAUCCUCACCUCCGAUUUGGCUGCCUAUUUCCCCACUUUCCCAGGUCCCAAGCGAGACGUUCACGCGGCCAAAUGCUUCAUCCUGGAGAUGUACAGCGACAUCUUCCAUCAGUUUCUCGACGGGCCUCUAUGCAGCGGUUCCCCUUCGUCCUCCCGACCCCGGUUCCUUUACCACCAUUACACCUGCGCCACCGACACGCAGAACAUCUGCGCUGUUUUCGCGGAUAUCAAGGACGCCGUUCUGGCAAGCUACUUGGAAGAGUUUAACCUGGUUUGAAACAAGCCGGCUCCAGCUGCAUCACGGAAUUUCUGGGCUCGCCAUCCAGAUGUUGCCUCGGACUCGUGAGAAACCGGAGAGACUGAAUUCACAAGGAAGCAUUCCUGUGGGGGGCGCCGGGGUGAAGGAGAGUCACUGUUUCUCAUAUCCUUUGCCCCGUCUUCCUGUGGGAACCUUGGAUAGAACUGGGGCAGAGGGGAUAUUCAGCCGGUUUGGAGUGGUUCGCCCGAACCGGUUGUGGAAAUUGCAGGCGGGGCUUCCCACCCGCUCCUGCUCUGUGCCGUCCUAUUUAGGCACGUUUUCAAGCCACGCGCAUGCCAGCAAGCCGCGCACGACAGUAAAGCACAUGCACGGAAGGCUGUGUGCAUGCGUUGAUGCGCACACUCACAUUUGCGAACCAGUUGGUGAAUGCCAC